CAUGGAAAUUUACUCCUUCGGAAGGUUACGCUCUCGUUUUAACAUUCACCUAUCAAAGGCUUUAUGUAGUCGAAAAUUCUCGCAAAUUUUGUUUGGGAUCGUACAACUUAACUAUAAACAACGAUAAGCAGGAUUGCAAACGACACAUUGAUGAAGCAUACCCUACAACGUUGAUUGAACCUCUUGAAUAUUUCGACUCUAUGUGCGGUGGAGAGACAUGGAAUAAAACAAGUAUUCAUGUUCAGUAUGUAUCGGAUGGGCGAACACAUGACGGUUCAAUCGUCAACCCAGCAAUGGGUUUUGCCAUUCAAUACAAGAUUUCACAAUGUCCUACGACCUCAGAAGCAACUACUGAUAAUGUCUCAACGAGUAUUUUUGAAGGAAGCUCUUACACAGAACAAACAACUUCCAAAAUUGAGGACAACCGUACUCUUUCUACUAAAGAUACUGAAAACAAUGAUGUUGCAACAUUCAGAGAAACUGACGCUGACAAUUCAGAUGGAAUAAGUGACACUGCCAAACUUUUCCUCGUUUCUAUCCCCGGAUUCAUUGGCAUUAUAAUACUUGUGGUGACUGCAAUCGUAUUCUGUAUGAAGAGAGGAGACAAAUCGCAAGAUGGCAACAAAGUCAAACAAGAAAAUGUUAGUGGUAAUCAGGUGGGAAAUGUUGAAUCUCCAACGCAAGAGCCAGACCAAGACACUACUGCAGCUGAACAUAAUGAACCGACAACUUCAACAAGUCAAGAGGAAGAAGCUCCUUAUACAAUCAUGUAUUCUACUCUUGCACGAAAAGACGAAGAAGAUAAAAAGGAAACUAUACGAGCUGAAAAUAAAACUUCAGCAAUUGAAGAAGACGAGCAUAAAUACGACAUGUAUUCUGUCGUUGUACGAAAGACUGAAGGAGGCGACAAAAAGACGAUUCAUGAUGAUCACACGACAGUUGUCCUAUUCUCCUUACGAUGACUGACUGUUCAUGGUUUAGACAUCUGCCUUGCUGUGCAGACCUUCAUUUUCAAAAUUUAUUUCAAACCCAUAGUGAAAUUGAGACGGAUACUGGGAAUUAGUAAACACGUUUGCUUAAUUGCUGUUUGUCUUUAGCAGUCGUGUUUAUUUUGUAAUUGCGAUUGUUUUCUUUGUAAUUAAUUACUGGGCCAAUCGCAUUCAAAUCUUAUAUCCUGAGCUAACGAGGUAAUAAUAUCAUAGCUUCGAUAGACUCUCUGGAACCCUUGGUUUGACCCCAAAUUUUUCUGAUUUUUCAUCUAACGCCAUCUGCGAACUUACGUCCAUCGAAGUCAGUUCACGGUGCUCGGCACCAUUAGCCCUUUCGUUUUCAUUCAUUUAUUUCAAUGUUUUAUAUUAGUAUUGGACUCUUUAAUAUUAACAAUUUUUCAAGACUUUAAUCGACUUCUACGUUUCGUAUAUGUGUCUCUCAACUAUUUCCGGUUUCCUUUCAAUUGAAUUAACUGAACAAGGCAGAUAAUGAUUUAUGAAUAUUUUUAUUAUUAUCUUAUCAUUCAUCAGCAUAUUAUCGAAACUGUAAUCUUAUUAUUUUAACUUUCUCUGCUUGGACUGGAACUUUUCUCACAUUUUAAUACUAAUAUUUGU